AUGACAGCCAUCGAUCCCGAGCGAAAGAAGCAAGCCGUCGCACUGCCAGACGGGGGCUUUUUCGGCACACUGACCGUCUUCCAUGAGCUCCACUGCCUUAAACGCCUCCAUCGCUACAUGUACCCUUCCUACUACUUCCCCGACCUUUCCGAUCAAGAGACGGAGGAUAAUCGCUACCACAAUGAACACUGUAUCGACAUGCUGCGCCAAAGCGUCAUGUGUCAUGGGGAUACCACGCCUGUGACGAUGCGGUGGGGCGAGACGCAGCCGAUACCGCUGGGUAAUUGGUCCAGUCCGCAUGAGUGUGUGAAUUGGGCCAGUAUAAACGGGUGGGCGAGAGAGAGAUCUGUGAGGGAGGUCAUGGAGCCCGGGUAUUUGAAACAUCCGAAGUUUGGGGUGGUGGUUGGCGAAAGUUUCGAAAAUAAGAUUGGGCAGGUGCAUCAUGGGGACUGA